AUGGACGAUUUUGAAGACGGAAGCUUGCGGUCAUCCGAAGUGGUGCGGAACGGCGAAGCGGUGUCGAUCAAUCAGUCUAAUGGUUUGGACAGUGCCACAUCCACCAUAGAGACUCCAAGAGAGGCAGUUGUUAGAGAUCAUGACGAAAAUGAACGGGCUGUAGUCGCUCAUGGUGAAGGGCCAUCAGUCUCGAGUGUAUGUAAUGGAGUGGUCAGUUCACCAUCCAGUAAUAAAUCUCAUGGUGAUAAUUCUCUGCUGAAGUCGCCUUCCUGUACGAAACCUAAGCGAGAUAUCUAUGCCAUAAGAAGCAGAAAGGUCGGCAGAGUAGGGACUUAUUCUGUCUCAGGUGUGUGCUUCGUUUGUGGCAAAGGAGGGGAUCUUGUUAACUGUGGCAAGAAAUACACCUCGACCAGUUUCUGUACCACGAAAUUUCAUGAGAAAUGCAUUGAGGUAAGUUCGUUCUCGUCAUUUUCAUUCUCGUCAUUUCCAUCAAGAAUUCUUUUUUCCUAG